AUGAUCACGAGUGUUGAUUACUUCCCGAAAAGUUCAUUAUCUUCAUUGAAAAGCAGUAAUGUGUCCACGUGGAUUAUUGCCGAUUUCCAAAAUCCCAUCAAUCGGUUUUUCGCUGCCAAUACUCUCAAAUCAGUCGCAAGAAAAAGUGAAAACAGAAUCGCAAUUAUUUCUAACCCAAAAUCAAGUUCUCGCAAUUCGGAAUCGGAAUCUUGCAGUUUUGAAUAUGGAGACUUGGAAAAUCUGAUAGAAACUCUGGAAUCUACGGAUAACUGUAUCAAAACGACAGUUUCUUCAAAGUUCUUAAUUGCAAAUGGAAUCAAUCCGGGAGAAACGGUGAUUGUGUCGAAUGGACUAAUUAUUGGACCAUUUUCCGAUGAAAGGGAGUAUUUGAAAGUGGAAGAUUUCGACUAUUUGAAGGAAUUGUGGAAUGAGAAGGGAGCUGGGAGAACGUCUGAAUUUUUCAAAAAACAAUAUUCUGUGGAUGACGUCGACAUCAAGUUUUAUUCAGCAAUGGCUAGAAUGUACCGGAAAGAUGUAUCAAUAAUCAGUUUUGAUGAGUUCAAGAAUUCUGAAAAUAUAAUUACGUUCCCACCGGAAAAUGCAUCACUUCCAUCAGUCACGAUCACAUGGAUAUCGAAUCCAGUAUCCAGAGAGGCUCAACAAAUCAUUUCUAUUGUGAAGCUAAUGAGCAAAGUACUGAACGCCAAAGUUGAGAUAAUAUUCAAUCCUGCGGCGGAAAUUCUGGAAAACCCAAUCAAACGAUUUUAUCGUUUUGUGGCUAAAGAAGAGCUAGAAUUUAAUGAUUUUGGGGCUGUUGAAAACCAUUUCGCAGUAUUUUCGAAUCUUCCUCAAAAACAAUUAUUGACGAUGUCAAUUGAGACAAAUGACGGCUGGAUGAUUGAAUUGAAAGAAGCUGAAUAUGACCUAGAUAAUAUUUUGUUAGACUCGACUUCCGAAGACGUUGAAUCUGUAUACAGUCUGGAACAUAUUCUUGUUGAAGGACAAUCUCGAAAGUCAUCAGGAGAAGCAUCAGAUGGUUUGGAAAUUGAGUUACAAUCAGGAGAUACGACAUACGAUACACUCGUCAUGUUAAAUUUAGGAUAUUACCAAUUGAAGGCGGAACCGGGAGUAUGGAAUCUGCAUCUUCGAGAAGGGAGCUCAUCUGAGAAAUAUACAUUUUUGAAAGUUGAUUCCAAGCAAGUGGAAAAGGAUAUUAAAGUUGUUGUAGAUUCAUUCACUGGGAAAUGGAUACAGCUUGUAGUCGAUGAGGUUGAAUCGAAGAAAACACCAGAACCAUCAAAAAUUGAAAAAUUAAUGAACAGUGCAAAGAGUUUCUUCUCGACCCCAGCACCAUCUGAUACAAUAAAUGUCUUCUCUCUCGCAUCCGGACAUCUAUACGAAAGAUUCAUGAGAAUUAUGAUCGUCUCAGUAAUGAAAAAUACGAAAACACAGAAAGUCAAAUUCUGGUUUCUCAAGAAUUAUUUAUCUCCGAAAUUCAAAAAAUCCAUCCCUCUAUUGGCUGAUUUCUAUGGUUUUGAAUAUGAAUUGGUGGAGUACAAAUGGCCGAAAUGGUUACAUCAACAGACAGAAAAACAGAGAGUUAUGUGGGGUUAUAAGAUCCUAUUUCUCGAUGUCCUCUUCCCACUGAACGUCGAAAAAAUAAUUUUCGUUGACGCAGAUCAAGUUGUUCGAGCAGAUUUACAAGAGUUGAUGGAUUUCAAUCUGAAUGGAUCACCAUAUGGGCAAGCUUUCCGUGAAUUCUCCGCCGGUGAUCGUCUUCGUGGUCGCUAUGAUUCCCUAUCAGCUGAUCCGAACAGCCUUUCGAACUUGGAUCAAGAUCUUCCGAAUAAUAUGAUCCAUGAAGUUCCAAUUAAAUCACUUCCUCAGGACUGGUUAUGGUGUGAGACAUGGUGUGAUGAUAACAGUAAGAAAACGGCUAAAACUAUCGAUUUGUGCAACAAUCCUCUGACAAAAGAACCAAAGCUGAACUCGGCACAACGGAUUAUAGGAGAAUGGAAGGAUUUGGAUGAGGAGAUUUCGAAUAUUAUUAGAAAUGACAACCGAACGAAACGAUCUAAACUUUCAGAAUCAAAUGAAGAGAAAGAAGAACUUUAA